AUGACAGGGAUUUGUGUGUCAACUGCAUGUAUUAGCAUAAAAUGUAUGUUGAUCAUAUGGUCCUGGAUUUUAUUCCUGCAGCUGGGCGGGCUAACCCUGCUCGCCAUGGGGAUCUGGGUGAGCGUGGAUGGCGGCUCCUUCCUGAGGCUGCUGGGGCCGUUCUCGGGCGAGGCCAUGCAGUUUGUCAACGUGGGAUUCUUCAGCAUCGCCAUCGGGGGAGUGCUGAUGCUGCUCGGGUUCCUCGGCUGUUGUGGGGCGAAAAAGGAGAGCAAGUGCCUGCUGCUCACGUUCUUCUCCAUUAUCCUCAUCAUCUUCAUUGCUGAAUUGGCGGCCGGUGUGGUGGCUCUUGCCUACUCCUCAUUCGCUGAGGGCAUCCUCCGAGCAUGGGCGACCCCUGCCUUAAAGUCUCAUUACGGCAGUGAACCUGUGGUGACCAAGAUGUGGAACUCGACCAUGACGGAGCUCAAUUGUUGCGGUUUCACCAACUACACAGACUUCGUGGGCUCCAAGUUUGAAAAGGAGAACGGAGGAAAUGUACCGCCCACUUGCUGCUCGACAAACAGCACCACCUGCAGCAAGGCGGAGGCAGAGCGCAGCGCUGUGAAGGGCUGCUUCGAACACAUCCUGAAGACCCUCAAAGAGCACGCCAACAUCGUGGGAGGCAUCGCAGCAGGAAUCGGAAUCAUGGAGAUUGCUGCCAUGAUCGUGUCCAUGUACCUGUACUGUCAGCUGGACAACAGAGUCAGCUGA